AUGACUCACUCAACAUGGAGUCAACUUUCCAGCCAGGCUAGAGGUGGACCUGCUAAAGGAACUGAAAUGCUGCGUUUCAAGCGGUCCGCGACGGCAGCGGCUCCUUCGCCGCCCAAGCUCGCAAAGGAGCUGAGGAGGAUUCAUUUUCGCAGAGUUGUCGGGUAUUACCUGCAGAAAGUCAUUUCUUCUUCGAGUUGGAUAUUUUACGUUGUUGGACUCUUGUGGUUGCUUCUCUUGCCCCGAGACGAAUUCCAUCACGUCGCGAAGGUCGACGAAAAUGCGUUGCUACCAGGGCAGACUUCAAAGUAUUUUGGCGAUCUUGACUUAUGGGUGGCCACUAGCUAUCGAGAUCAGAUACGAACAAUGGGGGAUCCCUCCAAGAAUGUGUCCGGGCACGCAGAAUUUCUUGAGCAGGAAUUUCGCAGCUUUGGAUUGGAUGCGUCAACUCAGAACUUUCUGCAUGCGCGCCAUGAUGAAAUAGUUUCCGGAGCAAAUUCUUACGCGGUUUUCCGCGCUCCCCGAGGCGAUGGGACAGAGGCGAUUGUCAUAUCGGCACCGUGGCUAUUGGAAAAUGGCGCCGUAAAUGCCGAGGGGGUUAGCUAUGUAUUGGCGUUUGCAAAAUUCGUGACAAGAUUUUCGCAUUGGGCCAAGGACUUUAUAUUUUUGGUCACACACCCCAGUCCGAUUGGAACUCAAGCAUGGCUCGAAGCCUACCAUGGCGUCCAGAGCGACCUUUCAUCAUGGUUGCAAUACGAUCCGCUUGACAGACACGGGGGUGUCAUUCAUGAAGCUAUUAAUUUGGAAUUUGAUGGUAACGGAGCAUAUUCAGCGGUGGGAAUCCUUGUAGAUGGUUUGAAUGGCCUACUGCCAAAUGCCGAUCUGGUCACCACCGUCGUCCGAUGCGCGCAAUAUGAGGGACUCCCUGUUGGAAUUCACAAUGUUGUCUCACCGAAUAAGUUUGACGAUAACUGGUCCAGCUACUUCCAUAAGGCGGACAUCAUUCUUGAAUACAUGAAGAGCCAGGCUCUUGGUGUUCCUACUGCAAGCCAUGCGUUAUAUGCGAGAUACCACAUUGAAGCCAUGACAGUAAGGGGUCUUCAUGAUGUGAAAGGGACCCAAUACCCGAUCACUGGGCAUCAGAUUGGACGAGCAAUUGAAUCAGCUUUGAGAAGCUUGAAUAACUUGCUUGAAAGACUCCAUCAUGCGUAUUGGUUCUAUAUCAUGCCCACUGCACAGUCUUUCAUUCCAUUAUCGGUCUACAUACCGCCUGUAAUUCUACUCUCUGUGACGUUGGUUAUUGAGUCAUUGGUGAUGUGGUGGGCGUCUGGCGACCUCCAUCAAAGUCCACCGGCGCGACCAAACUUGAUCGAAGGAACAGAAGUUGCGAAUCAUCCGGCCGAUAUAUCGGCAUUUAAUAUCCGUAUCCGCCCUUUGUUUUUACCGGUUGUGACUCUAGUCCUGUGUCAUGCGGCGGGAGCGAUUGCGUUUUACCUAGCACCUACUGUGCGGUUUAUGGCGCUUAUUGGGGAGGUCAAUCCAUUUAAUAUGGCAGCAGCCGUUGUAGUCGUUACAGCGACAAUCUACAGCUUUAUGAUCCCAACACUGCAGCGAAUGAUGGAGGGUUCAGGUGCAAGCACGAGAACCACCGCACCCGCUUGGCUGAUCUUGAAGUGCUUGGGGUGUGCGGAACUGGGCGCCGCAUUAAUUGCAUUAUCAACGUUAAAUCCAAGUCUCUCGGUAUUUCUCGCCAUUCCCAGCGUACCAGCAUUUCUCCUCGCGAGACCAACUGAAAGUCAUUACCGAUUUCUGUUGAACGUGGCCGCUGUUACCUUGGCUUCCCCGCUUGGUUUGCUAGGUAUUAUGUCACUAUGGGAGGGAUUGGACGUUGCGCAAGGUGUUGCUGGCAAAGUUGUAGAUGGGUGGACAUUGUAUGGCGCUUGGUUGUUGCCGUUCAUCUGCUAUGUGUACUGGCCUAUGAAUAUGGUGGCCAAUGUAAUUAUUGGAAUGGAACAGUGAUUUUUUUUUUUUUUUUAGAUGGUAACUAUUUGUGGACAGGAGAUUAUCAGAUGCUUGUAUCAGAUAAAUAAUAGUUUAAAACUGCCAAAACUGG